AUGGACACGCUGAGCACCUGCCUGGCCUGGCCGUCCUCUGCCCAGGAGCUGGAGGACUUGAGGAAGCGUUGGUCCCCCAGCCCCGACCCUCUGCCGGAGCCCGGGGGAGGGGGGCGCGGCCGCCCUCCGCCCCUGCACAGCAGCCCCGGCCCUCCCCGCUUUCACCACUCGCCUCUCGUCGUGGUGUCGGAGGAGACCGAACACCGACGCUGCCGCUGCCGCCCGGGCGCGCUGCGGGCGCUGGGCACGGGCCGCCCGCGGCGCUCGGAGGCGCUGGCCGGGGCGCCGCUGGAUACGGCCGCCAAGCAGUACUCGCCCAAGGUGCAGCAGCUGGUGCGGGACAUCGCCGGGCUCACGCUGCUGGAGGUCUCCGACCUCAACGAGCUCCUCAAGGAGACGCUGAAGAUCCCGGACGUGGCGGUGAUGCCCGCGGGGGCCGCCGGCGCCCUCUCGCCCGCCCAGGCGGUUCCGCAGGAGGAGGAGGAGGAGGCGGUGCCCGUCAAGAAGGAGAAGACGCAUUUCACCGUCCGGCUGACAGAGCUGAAAGCUGCUGACAAGGUGAAGCUGAUCAAGGAGGUGAAGAACUUUGUGCCAGGAGUGAACCUCGUGCAGGCGAAGAAGCUGGUAGAGUCCCUUCCACAGGAGAUCAAGGCUAAUGUGUCCAAAGAGGAAGCGGAGAAGAUCAAAGCAGCGCUGGAGGCUGCAGGAGGGACUGUGGUUCUGGAGUAGAUGCCCCAUCUCGUUUCAGAGGGACUAGCACGAUGGCAGCCCACUGCUGCCUGCCUGGGGCACUGGCCCCUGACUGUACCAGGGUUCGGGAUGUUUCCACGCAUGAGAAUGUCCCAUAGCUCUGUGGUGGGAAUGCUCCCGUGAAGUGGUCCAGUGCAAGAAUGAUGUACGGUUCGGAGGGGCUGCUGUCUAGUUCCAGCGUCACAAUGAACUCUGCGUUCAUAAAUGUCAAGUGGGUAAAA